AUGGCGGAGCUGCCGCUGCCCGCCGGGCUCAGCGCCAGCACCUUCCCCGCCAAGCUCUGGCGCCUGGCCAACAGCCCCCACGUCCGCUCCGUGCGCUGGGACAGCCGGGCCACGGGGCUGCUCAUCGACCGCUCCCUCUUCGAGCGAGAGCUGCUCAGCUCGGGCGACGCCCACGGGGCGGGCACUGACGGGGCGGGGCCGGUACCGGAGUCCUUCCAAGCCACGCACUUUGGCAGCUUCGUGCGGCAGCUCAACCUCUACGGCUUCCAAAAGGUGCCGGGCUGGGUUGGCUUAGAUGAGCCGGCCGAUACCGGGGGCUGGCUCCACUUCAGGAACCCCAACUUUCGGCGCGACCGCCCCGACCUCCUGCUCCGCAUCAAGCGCCUGACCAGGGCCAACAGGCAGCGGCUGGCGGCGGGGCUGGAGGUGCGCAGCCGCCAGCCCAGCCGCUUCCAGCAGCUCCACACGGAGCGAACAGCGCUCUCCUUCCCCAUCGGGCAGCUCCCCAGAGCCGUGCUCUCAUACCAGGACCUCAGUGCUGCCUCACCUGAGGAUCUAGAACUGCCUCCAGGCCCUCCCAGGCUAAGUGCAGGUGCUCAGGACUCUGAGGUUUUCCUAGCUUCUCCCAAGAAACUGUUUGCCUCAUCUGCACUUCUUGGGGUUUCAUCGGAAGAACCAGGCACAGGCAAAUUUAAUCUCCACCGUGAGCUCAUCAUUCCGCUGGUUCCCAUGGAGCUUAAAUGCCAACCUGAGCUCAUCGUUCCUCUGGUUCCUGUAGACCAUCGCAGCAUUUCCAUGGCCUCUCCAGAGAGGAGCAGCUGCACAUCUUCAGAGCAGCAGUUGCCAGCCUGCAGCCCAUCAGCCACCCCAGACACUUCAGCCCCCAGCACUCCAGCUGGCAGUGCUGCUUUUGCAGCAUGGACAGCCCCCAGCUGGCUGUGGAAUACUCCUGGGGAAGAGGAAUUGCCACCGCCGGAUCUGGACAUGGUGCUUGAGACGCUGGAGGAGAUGUUUGCUCCCUCUGCUCAGGGGAAUAUUCAUGUUGCCCCUGAGUCUUCAGGAGGAGAGCCUGUGGACAGAGCUGCAGCAGAGGGAGCUUUGCCAGGCACCAAGAGCUGUGGGAACUAUUUCCAGGAACCCUAA